UGACCGUGACGAAAUGGCUCCAGAAGCUGAUGAAGAUAGCCCCGGUGGGAUCAUGAUCGACGCCGUUUGUCUCGACACCAAAGUUUUGUUUGGAAUUUUGCUCCCUCUUCUUUCUUCCUCUCAUCAGUCUUUGAUGUCUUUCUCAUCUCGAGUCUCUCAACUCUCGUCUGUGAUGAUAAAACACGGGCUGUCCAAAAAGUAUGGUGAAAAUUUUCAUGACCAAAAAUGUAAAACGUAUUUGUUUACAAUCUAUAAAGAGGAUGCAAAAGGCAUUGCACUGUACACGUUUCUUACCAAAGGUCAGAAACGCUGCGGAAAGUACGAUCAAAUGUGUCGACCCACAUAGAGGAAAAGUCGAAGGUAGGGAUGUGUGGAGUUGUACGGUUCUCUCAUGUCAAAUACGCAGUCCUAAAAGUUGACAGGGAUCUGCUUGUUAUGCUCUGUAGGAAGGAGAAGUAGAUCAUACUAGAUGUAGCGUUGUCCUCGGUAGUUUCUGUAAAUCUGAAUGGACAGAUCUGGAAGACGAGACUCUUGCACAGUAGCCUCCAGUGUGGCAGACAGAAGGCUACAUUCAGGGAGUGACAUUGUUUGUGAAGAUAGGAGGCUACAUUCAGGGAGUGACAUUCUUUGGGAAGAUAGGAGGCUACAUUCAGGGAGUGACAUUGUUUGUGAAGAUAGGAGGCUACAUUGAGGGAGUGACAAUCUUUGGGAAGAUAGGAGGCUACAUUGAGGGAGUGACAAUCUUUGGGAAGAUAGGAGGCACAAGGUUUGGGAGAUUGCUAUCUUUUAGACCGUCGGAAAUUCUUCUGUUAUGAAAUUGUCUAUGGAUGAGUGCAUGGUGCUUUGUAGGCCAAAGUGACAGCUUAAAUGAUGGGUCCUAUAACAUCUUUGUAAAGUGACAGCUUAAAUGAUGGGUCCUAUAGAAUCUUUGUAAAGUGACAGCUUAAACGAUGGGUCCUAUGACAUAUUUGUAAAGUGACAGCUUAAAUGAUGGGUCCUAUAACAUCUUUGUAAAGUGACAGCUUAAAUGAUGGGUCCUAUAGAAUCUUUGUAAAGUGACAGCUUAAACGAUGGGUCCUAUGACAUAUUUGUAAAGUGACAGCUUAAAUGAUGGGUCCUAUAACAUCUUUGUAAAGUGACAGCUUAAAUGAUGGGUCCUAUAGAAUCUUUGUAAAGUGUCAGCUUAAAUGAUGGCUGGUAAACCGACUCCAGUGGGUCUUAGAGCAACGAACCUAAAGAAACCUGGACAUGUGAGCUAGAUUGGUGACCAUUUUUUUUUCACCCGAUUGUUUUUAAAGAGUGAAUAUUUUUUCUGAAGAGUCUGAUCUUCCUGGUGCCAAUGUUGAGAAACUGUUGAAUGAUGGUACGCUGGAAUGUUCCGCGUUUUUUUCCAUCCACACAGAAUUGUUCUGUUGAUCUUUUCAUCUUACUUUUUGGACAGCCCUUACACGCGGUAGUCGCUGCAUGUAGUAGUUAAGUCGCUGCUCGCGGUGAUUAAGUCGCUGCUCGCGGUGGUUAAGUCGCUGCAUGUAGUAGUUAAGUGGCUGCAUGUAGUAGUUAAGUCGCUGCUCGCGGUGGUUAAGUCGCUGCAUGUAGUAGUUAAGUGGCUGCAUGUAGUAGUUAAGUCGCUGCUCGCGGUGGUUAAGUCGCUGCAUGUAGUAGUUAAGUCGCUGCUCGCGGUGAUUAAGUCGCUGCAUGUAGUAGUUAAGUCGCAGAACAAAGAUGCCAGAGACAGGUUGGUGUGAUUAUUCACAAAUGUUGUUUAUAUGAAAACGUUUCCAAGCUUUUUCUUUCUUUUUCCUAUCAUGAAAUGUUAUUGUUAGUUCUGAGCCAGAAAGUUUCUGGAUAAGAGAAGGGUUUGUUUUGUAUCCUGAAAUAGGAACGGAGGGAUAUUACCAGGGUAGAUUUAUCACUGACGUCUCAUCUUUUGUCGAUGACAGGGGUGGCUCUUUGAGGUCUGACGGUUAACGAUUGGCCCCCACAGGACGCCGAUUGGCGACGGUGUGAUAUAUAUAUAUAGCAACAAAAACAUUUCGGAAUAAUCUUUUAAACAUACACACCUGGUGAACUGAUACUUUCCUUUCUGAAUUGUUUGUGCGGCCUUUGAGGGCCAAAAUCAGUUUGUUUACAACGACUGGAGUAAUUAUUUUCCCGCGUUAAGUAGAGCUGGCAUGAGUGCUGCCUGACACGACUUCAGGAUGAGACUUGAGGUGAAGAAUGUGCCAGAUCUAACGUUUUCUCUUCUGAUUCUACUUCUCUGUGUGAUGAAUUUGCGAUCAUCACGUUCAAUUUUCUCAAUGUGCUGAACAUUUUAUAAUAAUUGGGGUAUUUUGUCGAGAUGCAUGCGUUGGGCUGAUGUAGCCCGUCUGUGUUAUCGUCGGUGGGGACAAAGGUCGUCUGUGGGGGACAAAGGUCGUCUGUGGGGGACAAAGGUCGUCUGUGGGGACAAAGGUCGUCUGUGGGGGACAAAGGUCGUGUAGUCGUGCGUUGUGCGCGCUGGGGGGGGGGGGGGGAGAAAAGAGGUCAGCUCAAGGGGAGAAAACUGGGGGCAAGGAGAGGGCUGGCAAAAGAUGCUUACUUUAUAAAUAUAACAUGAGCAGAACUAAAUUGUGUUUUCAUGUUGAACAUGUCCUAAGGCUUCCCCGACUCCCGAUUUAUGCAAUGCCAUGACCUUCUCAAGGCUCAAGCUGUCUCUUGUUUACUUUGUGCAUAAUUUCCAAUAUUGAGGAAAAGAUCUUGGCCAUCAAAGCCAACUGGCAUGUCUCCGUGCCACCAUUUUGGCUCUUCUCCUGCGCUUCUUUAUUUUGCUCAAAUGUGAUGCAAAAGUUUAUGCAGAUUUUUCUGCCCUGGUUCAGGGUUGUGGCCUAUUUGGCAAUCUCAUGUAAAUCUCGUCUGGACAUUUUUAUUGACCACGAUUGGUUGAAAUGUUUUAUUUACCACGAUUGGUUGAAAUAUUUUAUUUACCACGAUUGGUUGAAAUAUUUUAUUUACCACAAUAGAUUGAAGAUGUUUUCUUGACCACAAAAUGAUACUGUUCUUGAUUUCUGUUUGGUGAAAUAAUAAUAUACAUUGUGGGGUUUUCUCAUCUGUUCUCAUCUUGGCCGAGAAGUUCAGAAAAAUAUCGCUGUUUCUGCUUUUCACAAGGAAAAUAUCCAGGCUUUGAUGAGAACAUAUUAUAGCUUCUGCUGCCUCCAUUGUUGAUGGCGGCCAUCUUGUUAUGUCAGCCAUUUGGUAUGGUGGUCAUCUUAUUUUUUCUGUGGAUGUCAACCAUCUUGUUAUGGUGGCCAUCUUGUUCUGUCUCUGUAUGUCGGCCAUCUUGUUAUGGUGGUUGUAUGUCGGCCAUCUUGUUAUGGGGGCCAUCUUGUUAUGGUGGCCAUCUUGUUAUGGUGGCCAUAUUGUUCUGUCUCUGUAUGUCGGCCAUCUUGUUAUGGGGGCCAUCUUGUUAUGGGGGCCAUCUUGUUCUGUCUCUGUAUGUCGGCCAUCUUGUUCUCUCUAUUCGUGUUAAAACGUAGCUUUCUACAAAGGCUGAAAUGCAAACAUUGAUCAGGGUCAGAGGUGAGAGGGGAGCGUCUGCGCCGACCACAUCAAUCUCUCGACCCCUGGAGGGGAGCCGACUCUCACUUUUUAUUUCUCUUUUGUCAACAAUUGACUGAUUCUCUCCGCCAUUUUGAAAAUUAAAGUAGCGGCCGACUUUUUCCCUUGGGGUGGGUUAGCAUUUUCAAUUGUUUGUGUUCCGCUGAGAUAGAACGUAUAUCUUGUGCGACUUGAACAGAAAUAAAAUUGAGCUUUCGUCCUGAUCGGACAAGGGAAACAAAUCAGUGUGAUAAGGCAGUGGAAAGAAGCAGGCAAUCAAAGACGAACGUGUUUGCAUAGAAAACUUUUGACUUGUGACGCAUUGUUCUCCACUUCUAGGAUUUGUGUCAUGUUGUUGCAGCUCCUUCUGUACAGGCAACCCAAAGGAGAAGUUUGGAGGCUAUAGAUCCAAUAGUUGUUCAGUUGUGAGGUUUUUUCACGACACGACAUAUAUAACUAAAAACAAAACAAGAAGAAUGGUGCGAAUCUCAAACUUUUGACUUUUUUCUCACUCAAAACUCACUGCAAGUCUUCCGAACCACCUUAAAAUUCCAAAGGGAAUUAGCUCUCUAUUACGAAGGAAAAUCCGAAAGUAGGAAAUCUGUGUCCGGCAAGUAUAAAACUAGAACUUACAGCAAAGA